UUUCCCGCUCCCCUGAAGGCUGUUCUCGAGGACCCCAGCAUCAUCAAGGCUGGUGUUGCCAUCAACACGGAUGCCACGCAUAUGCUCAACGACUAUGGCGUGCAAAUGGCGAGCACGGUGGACCUGCGUGUCCUUUCCGUUUCCAAGUUGGUGGUGACAUCGUCUCGAACACUCGCCGGCUUGACGGCGUGCCUCCUGGGGAGGCAGCUGCCGAAGGAUACCGUCCGAUGCUCCCGUCGGGGAAGCGCUCAACUCUCCGAUGAACAGCGAGACUACGCCAUCAGGGACGCCGUGGCCUCGGCACUCUUGUACGAGGCCAUCCACAAGAACAAGGACCCGAUCACGUCCGUGCCUUCUUCACCGUUCGACCCGGCUAUCGGCUUGAAGGUGCGCCUCUACAACGCCAGCCAUUCCGCCUGCGUGGCGGUCGGUCACGUGGUGUCCGAUGCCACCGCGGAGGCCGCCCUUCGUCACUGGCAAAGUUCUGCCAAGCUACAAGGUCUUUCCGGGAGCAGGCAACGGGCAUGACGUGGUUGUAGGGGGCUCCGGGGCAGGAGGUAACUCGGUAGAGGGGUCGCCGAUCUUGGCUGGGCCUGGGGCGGGGGCGGCGGGGGCGGCGCGGGCGGCGUUGCCGCAGUUCAGGGCCUGCACCGAAUGCGGACACCACAAGGGUGCAUACCCUGCUGAACACCCUGGGAAUCGCCGUGGACAUAAGGCGAAAGGUUCAGCGCCCCAGCCCAACGUUGAACCGACAAAAAAUGUUUAAAGGACCAGAGCUUGCGGCGUCCAGAGUCGGACAAAGUCUGGAACCCUAAGCAAAGAAAGAGGACGUUUCUGCCCUGCCCGUGCGAUGUAUGCAAGGGCUCAUACGCACACGUGGAGGAUGGUGAUAGUUAGCCUGUACUGCCGGGUCGAGAAGGGCUGGACACAUGUAAAAAAAAGUAAAUAUUUGCCUACCGGUUCGAGAGGCCGUUCGGCUAGUUAAGAGUGCACUAGUUGGACGGUAGUCGCCCAGAAUUCGGAUGGUAAAGGAAACUAACAAACGGCCCACGAUUGAGACAUCAGAUACAUCACGGCUGCCCAGGCGAUGUGUGCGUGUGUGUGUGUUU